AUGGCGACCCCCACGGACAUUACGCUUUACACGGCGGCGACGCCCAAUGGCAUCAAGAUCUCCAUUGCGCUUGCCGAGCUUAACCUCGACUACAAGCUCUACACCAUCAAGAUGAUGGAUAAUGAGCAAAAGGAGCAGUGGUUCCUGGACAUCAACCCCAAUGGCCGCAUUCCGGCCAUCACGGAUAAGCUGGACGGCAAGGAGAUUCGCGUCUUUGAGAGCGGCGCCAUCCUGCAGUACCUCGUCGACCGCUAUGACAAGGACCACAAGAUCUCGUACCCGCAGGGGACGCCUGAGCACUGGGAGGUGACGUCUUGGCUCAUGUGGCAGAUGGCCGGCCUCGGAGCAAUGCAGGGCCAGGCGAACCACUUCAAGAGGUACGCGCCUGAAAAGAUCCAGUACGGCAUCGACCGCUACGUCAACGAGACGCGGCGCCUGUACCGCACCAUGGACACGCACCUGGGCAAGUCGUCCCACGGCUACCUCGUCGGCGACCGCGUGACAAUUGCCGACAUUGCCUGUUGGGGCUGGGUCGCCUCUCACACCUGGGCCGGCGUCUCGCUCGACGAGUUCCCCAACGUCGCCAAGUGGCUCGAGAAGCUGCUGCAGCGCCCGGGCUUCGAAAAGGGCCGCCACGUGCCCAAGCCGCACACGGCGUUUGAGAACGACAAGCUCACCGAGGAGGAGCUCGAUGAGAAGGCGACGGGCGCGCGCAACUGGGUGCAGGGAGGCAUGAAGGCCGACGCGGCCAAGAAAUGA